GUCUGAACAAUGCAUUGGAGCGCCUGCAGAUACCGGCAUUUCCAUACUAAGUCCACAUUGCGUAUAUCUGGCAAGGCUACAAAAGCCGGGACAGCACCUCACCUUUCACGAGUGUUUCCUCAAUCUCCCAACCUCUUCACUUCAAGCACGAGGUGAACACACUGAUCGAUAGACCAGAAACAGCCUAUCAAUUCACAGAGUCUCAAUCAUGGCUACUCUUACUCAUCCUGAAUUCGACGCCACCACUGAAGGGUUCACAGUCGCUGCUGCCUUUGCAUCAUCCAUCAAAGGUCGCACGAUCCUCAUUACUGGAGUCAACAAACUCGGAAUAGGGUAUACCACCGCGGAAGCAUUUGCUUCUGAAUCACCACGCCUCCUCAUCCUUGCUGGCCGUUCCCCAGCCAAGGUCCAAGAAUGCAUCGAUGCCUUGAGCCAGAAAUACCCUGACGUGGAGUAUCGACUGCUCCAAGUCGACCUCAGCUCAAUUGAAUCUGUCAGAAAGGCCGGUUCUACCGUCCUAAGCUGGGACGAUGUCCCGACUAUCGAUCUUAUCAUCAACAACGCUGGCGUCAUGGCGGUCCCAGAGCGGACGCUCAGCCCGGACGGCAUCGAAAUGCAUCUCGCCACCAAUCAUGUUGGCCACUUCCUGUUGACGAACCUGAUCAUGCAAAAAGUCAUCGCGGCCGCCAAAGGCAAAGCGCCAGGCACUGUCCGCAUCGUCAACGUCAGCAGCAUCGCAACUAUGAUCUCCGCUUUCCGCGAUAGCGACCCGAAUUUCACCAAAUUGAAUGCAGAGCUCCCGGACAACGAGAAAGCAGCUUUGGCAAUGCUCAAAGCUGGGGGACUUCCGGCAGAUGAAAGCAAGGCUUACAUUCCCAUGGUAGCCUAUGGGCAGAGCAAGACUUGCAACAUCUUGCACGCCGUCGGACUUGAUAGGAGGUUGUACGAGAAGUAUGGCAUUGUGAGCGUCGCCUUGUAUCCUGGAGACAUGCGAAGUGAAUUGAUAAGACAUACGGAUCAGGAAUGGUUGAAAGAGGCUCUGAAGAAGAGGGAGGCUGCAGGCCAUCGUGUCAAGACACUGGAAGAGGGUUCAAGCACUACGCUCGUUGCCGCGUUGGACCCUAAACUGGACAAACCUGGAAAUGGUUAUUUUGUCACCAACUGUCAAGUUGGCACUACCCCGCCGGCUCCAAAGUAUGCUGUCGAUGAAGCAGAGGCGGACAAGCUGUGGGAAGCGAGUGAGUCUUGGGUCGGUGAGAAGUUUGCCUGGUAGAGGCUUCUGUAGAAAUUGCUUUAGAAAAAUGCCUCGUCCACUCCUUCCUCAAUUGGGCAUUAACCAUGGUCAUUUGUAAUUGCGGAUGGUCUCGUCGCUGUUAGGACCAGCUCGCCGCCCCGUUUGACCGCGCAUGCAUGUAAGAAGAGAGGUUUUUGUUCGCAAAAAAGGACGCGGUGCAACAAGCAUAAUUUAUGAUUCCAAGACGGAUGUCGUUGGAAGAGCUUCAGCCGCGUAUCUUUUUAGCCCCUGGAGCACCGACGCUGAAAAGCGAAUCAGCGAGCCUACUUUGCGCGCCGACCACUGAUGUCGUCGUCUAUCAAUUCCUCCCAAGGACUCUGCAGCAUUG